AUGGCCAAGGUGUGUCAUCGAACGGCCGCACCACGCACCGCCAGGCACAAUCGGGUCCUGGACCUGGCGGCCAAGUUCCUCAAGGACCGCGGGGCGUCGGCGCUGGUCAAGGAGCCGACGACCAACACCCCCGCGGAACUUAGAAAACCAGACCUCCUGGUCAAGAUCCGAGGACAAGUGGCAGUCAUCUACGCCCAGAUUGUGGCUGACAACGGCGACCUCGAUGCCGCAGACCAGCAGAAGCGGGCGUACUAUGACAGCCCGUCAUCCGAGAGUACGCCGGCCAAUCUCUGGGUGUCGCGCCCGAAAGUGUCCGAUUCGGUUCAGUGA